GCCCUUCGAUUUGGGAUGUCACUGCGGACGAGGCAGGGACGCAGGUGAAAACAUUCGUCGAAGCUCCAUCCUCUCGCCCCGAAGCUGAAACAACUCUGCUUGCCUUCCUCUCCACCUCUGUCCGUCCCUCCCUUCGUCCUCCCUUCCCUCUCUUUCGCACUCUGCUGCAGCAGCCUCAGCACCUCAGUAGGGCAGGAGCACCGCACUGAGUCGCAUCUACACUACACGCACGCACCUUCACGCACACAGACGCAGCCUCCUGCGGUAUAUCCCGUGUACGGCGCAGCGGCUUUUCCCACGGCAUACCAAGUGCGUCCUCGCCGGGAGAUGGGAGGUGCGGCUCCCGGGUCUCAGAGCGCUCAAAGCGGCUUGGUGUAGAGCCCUGCUGAUCGGUGAAUGCCGCUGGAAGUCUGCUGCUAUUUCUUUUCCCAGUGCAGGAAUCGCAUUUUAACUGUGCCGCUGUCCGGGAUUUAAAGUGAACAAGCCGCUUGAUCAGGAUAUAUCUUUAUUCUGAACCUUUCUCAUUUUUGGGGAGGGAGUGAGCAGAAUUGGGAUUUGCUGUGGAGGUGCCCCUAUCUCCGCAGUGUCGAUGCGGUUGUGACUGAUAUCUGCAUAGAUUACAGGUGCAUAAUGUCCUUCAUCUCAAAACGGGCUUGAUCCUGCAACGGUACUGGACUGUGCCUCUGUCCCUCUCCUCAACCGACCAACCAUCAGCACAGCCAUGACAUCUCAGUCAAAAAUACGGACCUACUUUUUCUUAUGCUGCUUUCUGUUUAGUUUGGUGCUUCCUGCGGGAUCACAAACGGUGGUGCAAGCCCCACAGGCCCACAGUGCCGGAUCCCAAGUGAUCACAGCGUUGCUCCAAGAGGAGGGGUAUGCCUCAUUUUAUGCUGAGGACCCGCAGUGGACAUUUAACCAUCUUGCUGUGGACUAUCGCAAUGGCAACGUUUAUUUGGGAGCAGUUAAUCGCAUAUACAAACUGUCUCCAAGUUUGAAGCUUCAACUGUUCCAUGAGACUGGUCCAGAUGAAGACAACCGCAAGUGCUACCCACCACGUAUUGUUCAGCCUUGCAGCGAGCCACUGACACUUACCAACAAUGUAAACAAAAUGCUUUUGAUGGACUACAGGGAGAACCGGUUGCUGGCUUGUGGCAGCCUCUACCAGGGCAUCUGCAAACUCCUCCGUCUAGAUGACCUCUUCAAACUGGGAGAGCCUUUCCACAAGAAAGAGCACUACCUCUCUGGUGUGAAUGAGAGCGGCUCUGUGUUUGGUGUCAUUGUUUCCUAUGGCAAUGCUUCUCCAGAUAUGUUGUUUGUAGCCACAGCAGUCGAUGGUAAACCAGAGUACUUCCCUACCAUCUCUAGCCGAAAACUGGCAAGAAACUCUGAGGAAGAUGGCAUGUUUGCCUACGUCUUCCAUGAUGAGUUUGUGGCCUCUAUGAUUAAGAUUCCUUCGGAUACAUUCACAGUUAUCCCUGACUUUGACAUAUAUUACAUUUAUGGCUUUGCCAGCGGGAACUUUGUAUACUUCCUAACUUUGCAGCCCGAAAUGGGAGGUGGACCGACCACAGGUUCCUCUUCUGCUGGUCGGGAACAAGUAUACACAUCCAAGAUAGUUCGCCUUUGCAAGGCAGACACAGCAUUCAUCUCGUACGUCGAGGUCCCAAUAGGGUGCAUAAGUGGCAAUGUGGAGUACAGAUUACUUGAAGCAGCCUACUUAUCAAAAGCUGGUUCCAUCCUUGCACCUUCACUGGACAUGGCCCCAGAUGACGAUGUGCUUUUUGCCAUCUUCUCAAGAGGUCAGAAGAGACGUCCGAGGCAGGCCCCUCAGGACUCUGCUCUGUGUGUUUUUUCACUUCGAAAGAUCAAUGAGAAAAUCAAGGAAAGGUUGCAGUCCUGCUACAAGGGAGAGGGCACACUAGAUCUGGCCUGGCUGAAAGUCAAAGAUGUUCGCUGCAGCAGUGCGCUCUUAACCAUUGACGAUGACUUUUGUGGGCUCGACAUGAAUGCACCUCUGGGUGUGUCUGAAAUGGUGCACGGCAAGCCUCUCUUUACAGACGCCAUUGACAAAAUGACCUCUGUGAUUGCCUACGUCUACAAGAACCACUCACUGGUCUUCGUGGGCACAAAAAGUGGACGAGUCAAGAAGAUCCGGGUUGAUGGUUCCUCUCGUGCCCUUCAGUAUGAGACUGUUCAAGCUGUUGAGAAUGGACCCAUCUUGAGAGAUAUGGCCUUCUCCUCUGACCACCACUACCUCUACGUCAUGUCAGAGACUCAGCUGUCAAGAGUGCCGGUGGAAGCUUGUGGACAGUACUCCACCUGCAGUGAAUGUCUUGGAUCGGGUGAUCCUCACUGUGGCUGGUGUGUUUUGCACAAUAUGUGUGCCAGAAAGGAGAAAUGUGAGCGCUCAUCAGAACCCCGGCGCUUUGCUUCAGACAUCAAGCAGUGUGUGCGACUAAGUGUCCACCCGAACAACAUAUCAGUGUCCCAGUUUAGUGUCACGUUGGUGCUGGAAGCCCAUAAUGUCCCAGAACUUUCAGCAGGUGUUAACUGCACUUUUGAGGACCUGGCUGAGAUGAACGGCUUGGUAGAAGGAAACCGGAUCAAGUGUUCCUCGCCAGCUGAAAAGGAGAUGCCACGAAUUAUUGUUGACAAGGGUGACCACCAGAUUGUUCAGCUCUAUCUAAAGUCCAAGGAGACCGGUCUGGCUUUUGCAAAUGCCAGUUUUGUUUUCUACAACUGCAGCGUGCACAAGUCGUGUCUGUCUUGUGUCAGCAGUCCCUACAAGUGUCAUUGGUGUAAAUUUAGGCAUGACUGCACCCAUGACCCUCGUACUUGUUCCUUCCAGGAGGGCCGAGUCAAGAAUCCUGAGGGCUGUCCACAGUUGCUGCCUGCAGACAGGAUACUGGUUCCAGUCAAUGUGGUAAAGCCCAUCACCCUGCGGGCCAAGAACCUACCCCAGCCACAGUCUGGGCAGAGGGGCUACGAGUGCCUCCUAACCAUCCAGGGAAGUGAGCACAGAGUCCCCGCCCUGCGCUUUAACAGCUCCUCAGUGCAAUGUCAAAACACAUCGUAUUUCUACGAUGGGAUGGAGAUGAGCAGUCUUCCUGUGGAGCUGACCGUCAUCUGGAACGGAGAUUUCAGCAUUGAUAACCCUGCCCACAACAAAGUUCAUCUUUAUAAGUGUGAUGCUCAGCGUGGGAGCUGCGGUUUAUGUCUGAAAGCAGACCCACUGUUUGGGUGUGUUUGGUGCAAGGGAGAGAACCGCUGCACCCUCAAGCAGCACUGUUUCCUUCCAGAGAACCAGCUGCUCGAGCCCAAUGGGAUCAACAGCAAAUGCACCAACCCCAAAAUCACACAGAUCAACCCUCUCCGCGGUCCCAGGGAAGGCGGCACACUUGUGACUAUCCGUGGUGAAAAUCUUGGACUGGACUUCAGAGAGAUUCAGGGUAAUGUGAAGGUGGCUGACGUGGACUGCACCCCCAUACGCGAUGGUUACAUACCUGCAGAACAGAUUGUUUGUGAGAUGGGGCGAGCAGAGCUGAGCCAGUAUACUGGGAACAUUCAGGUGUGUGUUGGUGUUGGAGCAUGCAGACCAGAAUUUAUGGCAACAUCAUCCAAGUACUACUACUUUGUGAUCCCACGAAUUACCGGGCUGAAGCCGAGCCGUGGUCCAGUCUCCGGGGGAACAAUUGUCAACAUCACAGGCAGCCACUUGGAUGCUGGGAGCAACGUGUCAAUUAUGUUUAAGGACCAGCCGUGCACUUACUUGAGGAGGGGUGGACAGUGGCUAACCUGCCGAACACAUGCCUCUCUGCAUGGAAUCGGGAGGGUAUCAGUGUCUGUGAGCAUAGAUAAGGCCCAACUCCAGAAAGAUCUGCAGUUUGAAUAUGUGGAGGAUCCGACUAUAACAAAGAUAGAGCCAGAGUGGAGCAUCUACAGUGGUCAUACUCCAGUGAUGGUAACAGGAACUAACCUGGACAUCAUUGAGACCCCAAUUAUAAGAGCUAAAUACAACAGCCAAGAAUCGCUCAGCAUGUGUCAGGUGCUAAGUUCCACAACUAUGCAGUGUCAGGUACCAGAACUGUCCAUAAGCCUGGCCAGGCAGCAAGUACCAGAAAAACCCGACGAGUUUGGCUUUAAAAUGGACGAUGUGCAGUCCCUCAUGGCCCUCAACAACACCAACUUUAUAUACUACCCAAACCCGGAAUUUGAGCCACUUAGUCCCUCUGGUGUCCAAGAGCUUAAACCGGGGUCACCGAUCAUACUAAAAGGACGAAACUUUCUUCCGCCAACUAAUAGUGGGAAUGGAAAGUUGAACUACACAGUCCUGAUUGGAGACAAACCCUGCAUGUUAACAGUGUCAGAGAACCAGCUUCUUUGUGAGUCGCCCAACCUGACUGGUCGCCACAAAGUCCUGGCCCGUGUUGGCGGUAUCGAAUUUUCCCCUGGUGUGGUCCACAUCACAUCUGACAGCCCACUCAGCAGCACGGCGAUCAUCGGCAUCGCUGCAGCUGGUGCAUUGCUCAUCUUUUUCAUUGUGGUGGUCCUGAUCGCCUACAAGCGCAAGUCUCGUGAAAGUGACCUGACGCUGAAGAGACUACAAAUGCAGAUGGACAACCUUGAGUCACGUGUGGCACUGGAGUGCAAAGAAGCUUUCGCAGAGCUUCAAACAGACAUUCAUGAGCUCACCAGUGAUCUAGAUGGAGCAGGAAUCCCCUUUCUAGACUACAGGACUUACACCAUGAGGGUCCUUUUUCCAGGCAUUGAGGAACAUCCUGUACUGAGAGAUCUGGAGGUAAUAGAUAAUUCUGAUUUGUCUUUGGCUCUCUUUCAUGACUUCCAAACACAGAAACACAUUCUGACAAGCUGCAUAAAAUUAGACUUUCAACUGAACAAUAGCUCCCGGCAGAGAAAUUUCGUGGCCUCACUGAUCAUGACCGUGCUGCAGAGCAAGCUGGAGUACGCCACCGAUGUCCUGAAGCACCUGCUGUCUGACCUGAUAGACCGCAACCUUGAAAGCAAAAAUCAUCCCAAAUUGCUGCUUCGCAGGACGGAGUCUGUUGCAGAGAAAAUGCUGACCAACUGGUUCACGUUCCUUCUCUACAAAUUUCUAAAGGAGUGUGCAGGCGAGCCCCUCUUUUCCCUCUUCUGUGCCAUCAAGCAGCAGAUGGAGAAAGGCCCCAUUGACUCGAUCACAGGAGAGGCUCGCUAUUCGCUCAGUGAAGACAAGCUCAUCAGACAACAGAUUGACUACAAGACACUGGUGGUCAACUGCAUACAUCCAGAGAAUGAGAAAAGUCCAGAGAUCCAAGUGAAGGUCCUAAACUGUGACACAAUAAGUCAGGUGAAGGAGAAAAUUCUGGAUGCCAUCUACAAGAACGUCCCAUAUUCACACCGCCUAAAGGCCUCAGAUAUGGACCUAGAGUGGCGCCAGGGUAGAGGACAGCGCAUGAUCCUACAAGAUGAGGACAUAACCACAAAGAUUGAAGGUGACUGGAAGAGACUCAACAUGCUGUUCCACUAUCAGGUACCUGAUAAUGCUGUGAUGGCCCUGGUUCCCAAGCAAGUCACAGCUUACAACUCAGUAAAUAACUCCACAGUGUCCAGAACGUCUGCAAGUAAAUAUGAGAACAUGAUUAAGUACACUGGAAGUCCAGACAGCAUGCGCUCCCGGACUCCUAUGAUCACUCCUGACCUGGAGAGUGGGGUGAAGGUCUGGCAUCUGGUUAAGAACCACGAACACGGAGACCAGAAAGAAGGCGACCGUGGCAGCAAGAUGGUCUCUGAGAUCUACCUGACACGACUUCUGGCUACAAAGGGUACAUUACAGAAGUUUGUUGACGACCUGUUUGAAACCAUCUUUAGCACCGCCCACCGGGGCAGUGCCCUGCCACUGGCAAUUAAAUACAUGUUUGACUUCCUGGACGAGCAGGCAGACAAACACAGCAUCCACGACCCGCAUGUGCGACACACAUGGAAGAGCAACUGCCUACCUCUGCGCUUCUGGGUGAAUGUGAUCAAGAACCCCCAGUUUGUGUUUGACAUCCACAAGAGCAGCAUCACAGAUGCCUGUUUGUCCGUGGUGGCCCAGACCUUCAUGGACUCCUGCUCCACCUCAGAACACCGCCUUGGGAAAGACUCACCGUCCAACAAGCUGCUUUAUGCCAAGGACAUCCCCAGCUACAAGAGCUGGGUGGAGAGGUACUACUCAGACAUUAGCAAGAUGCCAGCAAUCAGUGACCAGGACAUGAAUGCCUACUUGGCAGAACAGUCACGGAUGCACAUGAAUGAGUUUAACACCAUGAGCUCUCUCAGUGAGAUUUACUCGUAUGUGGGAAAGUACACCGAGGAGAUUGUGUGUUCACUUGAGCAGGAUGACGCAGCCAGGAAACAGAGACUGGCCUUCAAGCUGGAGCAGGUGGUGGCCUUCAUGAGUCUGGAGAGCUGAGGACCGCACUUCCCAGGGUGCACUGGGAAGAGACCCCGUCAGAAACCGAGCUGUGCCUGAGCGAAGACCUGUCCCCAUUUUUUUCCAUCAUCUGACUUCCACCCUCAGCUUUUCAGAGAUUACUUCUUCCUCAACCUUUCUUCUGCUUCCCUCCUCCCUGAGAGAUAUUUUGUUUUCCUCAUCAACACAGCUGCAUAGACUAGUUUACCUGAAUAUUUGCGAGGGGUGGUGAGCAGCUGAGGUCAACGGCUCCUGCAGUGCAAUGUGGGGCGUCCCUCAGCUUCAUCACAGGGGGGACCUUCUUUGGGGGGUUACUUGAGAGCUGGCCAUAUUGGCAUCCUCCCCCUGCUGGAUUAAAAGAAGAAAAAAAUUUAUGUUGCCUUCAAGAAUUUACACUGAUAGUAAAUCUUUGGAAACUACAACUUGGGGUGUCCAUAUGUUGAACUUUUAAAAAUAGGAUAGUUAAGAUAAAAAUCAUCUAGAGUUCUGUUUAAUGUAGUUCUAGAUUCAACAUAUGGCAUCAAGUGCAAACAUCAAGAGCGAUGACUGCAAGCCAAAUGAACACCUCUGGAGAAAAUUAAUGCAAGAAUGGUUUGCCAAGUUUACACUGUACCUUCAAGCAAAGCAUACAUAUCCGUGAAUCUGGGUCAAAUCCAGGCAAACCUAGAAUGUUUUUUUGUGUUCUUUAAAUGUAGCUCCGGUUGUAUCUAAGGACAAGACUGAUGGGGCGUGGGGAGGGAAUAUCGCUCCCUGAACUUUUCCUCCCUGAAACAAAGCAAAGCAUCCUCAGCCUUUAGCUUGUUGUACCUUUCACACCUUUUUACCUGCCUAGCGUACUUUCAAGAAAUAAAAAUAAAAAAAAUAGCUCAUAAUUUCUGCUUCCAUGGCUACUGCAAAUUAAAGCUAUUAGAUCAAAUACUAGAGCCCCACCCAAGUUGGAUCCUCUGAUUAAAAAGCACACAAACAACUCUGGAAGACAAACACCAGGAGCAGUCUCUUCCAACGGUCUAUCAAAGCACACACAAAAAUACACAAGAGAAAAAAAAUAAAUCAGCAGCUGCCCAGAUAUCCACAACAACCCUAAGGAGCUAAAGGGAGAAGCUGACUGAGAUGCACGGGUUAAGAAUGACUGAAUACAGUGUAGCCAGAGACGGCUGACUGCUACCUAAAGGGGCUUUGUUGUCUGAGUAGCACGUCUUUUUGAGGAUGUUAUUAUUUAAGACUUUCACGUGGGGGGAAAAUGAAACGAGAUGGACUUUGCUGGUCAGCCAAAAACCAAAGGAGCUUGAAAUUUUCAAAAAAACGGUCAAAAAUGUAUUUAUAAAGUGCCACUGAGGAACUGACAAAAAAGAAAAACAUAUUGUGACUGGAACUGUAAGAAGCCUGUGUGAUUUUUUCUGACCUCAGUGUGUCGAGGUGAGAGGCUCCGUGGGCGACGUGAUCUGAUCCUCCCCGGUCUCUCCUGCUCUCGGCACACCAGCUGCCCUUUUUUGUCUGGCUCCUCGAUUAACAGCUUAUCUGUUUUGCACAAGCAUUGGAGAUGGUAGCUAGCUGCAUAUGGCAAAACUCCAAUUUCUUGAGGCACUCUUUCUGUAUUAGUGUAGUUGUCCUCAGUGGUGACAGGGGGCGGCCUUCUCCAAGCCUCAAAGAAAAGAAACUAAAUUCUGUCAGCAUCACAGACAUGACAAGACAAGAGUAAUUACAACUAGUCGGACAUACGCCGGCACCAUGAGAGUGAAAGAGUGACUGAAAGUGAUGAUGGAGGCGCCCUCCGUACCUUUUGACCUCUGCCCUUUCUUUUGCCUUGACAACGUGCCCCAUGUGGUGAUGUGAAUGUGUGAAGACCGCCCUAGGUCCACCUUGGGUCCUUUAUUGGCUUUUUAAGCGCAUGUAAAACGUAAACCAUUUAAGAAACUUAUUUUUAAAAAAAGUGAAAAACAAGAAAACUAAGCCUUGCAAUGAUGAUGUGGAUGUGUUCUUUAUUCUUUCUUUUGCUUGGAAGAACCGAGAUGGAAAAAAGUGGACUGUUCAUAUGAGAAAAACUGUUGUUUAAGGUGGAACCUUUAUCGCAUUUGGCCUCCUGCAGAGUUUCAUACCCACAGUUUUUGUGAAGUGGUAGUUGCUAAAUAUUACAGAUAUUUACCUUUGCAUGUUGACCUAUUUGGAUGGUAUGAAAUGGAAAUGCCUUGCUCAAAGAUAUUCAUAUACUCCUGCAACUACUUGGGAGAUUUAGGUCUACCAUGUCCUUCAUUACAGGCCCUCAGUGCCUCCUGUGUGGUUCAAAUUUUGGGUGAGAAAACAUACAAACCCUGCAGCUGAUUAUUUUGCCACCCAUAUGUUGAGCUUGGACAGAAAGGAAAUGUAUCAAGAGCACAAAAGAAAGUUACAAAUGAAAACCAACAGACAUUGCUACAUUAAAAAAAAAUAUUUUGGCUAGAGUUGCCCCAAGUUUUCUUAUUACUGAUGCAGAAUUUUCUUCAAGCAUCUGCCAGCAGCAUUUAAUGUGUUGGAAGUACAGUAAACAUUACUCACUAGACCUUUAACCCUGGCUCCAAACAUUUUGAAAUCCAAUAAAACUACCAUGUUAACAUCUCCAGCUGUAGAUCAUCUUUUCUUAGCGAUAAGUGGGUCAACAUCACUAUUUCAAAAAGGCUGACUUUAAUCUUUACACAAAGUAAACACUAAUUUUACCUCGGAGUUACAAUGGCUGAACAACAAUGAAAAUCCAGCAAAUUCUAUGACUAAGUGAGGCUGAAAGUUCAAAUUCAGAAAUUUGAUUAUAUUGCAUUCAAACAUCCUGGAAUCUACAGAAGUUGGCUCCAGUUCAGUCCACUUCUUGGCCAACUCUACAUAAUAUCUUUAAGGCAUUUUGAAAUUCACCAUCUCCUGGUGUACAGCUCAUUUCAUACUCUAAAGUUUGACAUGAAAAGAACAUGACUACGAAAGUAAAAAAUGAGAGGAACCAAAGCCACCAGCAGCCUGAACAAACAGCCAGUAUGUCUCCAUGUAACUCCUUUCUAAAUAAUGUCUUAGUUUAUUUAUGCUUCCCCUGACUUCAAAACACAUCAUUGAGACUUCUUUAUUCAGUAAUGGCUUCCACACUAAAGAGUGCUUUUGGCACAAGCUACUACUGCUUUCGGUAUGGUAUAUUCACUGAUCAGGGGGAAAAAAAUAUGUGAAACUAAAACUAAUUGUUCACUUUUUUCUUAUGAGGAGAUUCCUUGCCUGUUGCAAUUUAGAGAGCUACACUUAGCCAGGCAGUUGCUCUACAUAUCAAAGAUUUUCUGAAUUUUAAGACACAGCACACUGAAACUUCCAGUAAAGACUCUCUCUACAUAUACCAUGUCUAAAACACAUAAACGAUGAAAAGCACAAGCUGAGAGUUCUUGGAUGUCAUUGUAAAUCUCCCUCCUCAGUGCUACUUCACAGCUUUCCUUUCUUCCUGGCUCAACAUUUAACCUUCAACAAAGGUUGCCUGCUUGUAGCCUCCUCGUGCUACCAACAGCACAGAUAAAGUUUCCACCUUCAAACAUUUUGUAGGAAUUAAAAUGUCCUCCUAGCUCAGUGUUAUCGCAGGUGUUACACAAACAUGGUAGAAAAGACUUUUACUAGAUCAUAUCUGAAAGAUAAAGAGUAUCUUAUUGAGAGAUAAAAACGAAACCUGGGGAAUUAUAAGGUGAGCUUCUCUAACUUUGUUAUAAUUAAUUGUAUACCUGUGUAUGUAAAUAUAAUGCAUUCCUAUUUUGCAGUCAAGAACAAAAUACUAUUUGUAAUAUAGAAUAAACUUUAUUAUGAAACAAA